AUGCCCAAGGAGGUGCGUGUGAAGCUGGCUGGUGGGGCUGCUGCUGUUGCCUUGCUUGGGGCUUGUGUCUUUAACCUGUUCUCGUGGGCCCAGGUCAAUGCGGAAUGCCCCAUCUGUAAAGGCUCGUUUCGGGUUGUCAUCAAGGAACAGCUAGAAAACGAGGCCGUCAUUGGUAACGUGCCGCCUGAGAAGCAUUUUGUGCAGCGUCGCCGUCUCGUGUCCAUGGAUGAUGACGACGAAGACGAGGAGAAUGAUGCCUUUGAUGCCAAUGGCGCCGGAGAUCAAGGGUUGGGCUGGAUGGGCUCAGGCAGACCCAGCGAUCAAUGGACAGCCGAUCUUGAGGGCGACUUGGACCUGGAUGCGUAUGACUUGAAUGACUCUUUUAUCGAUGACAGCCAUGCGACUCCAGACCCUCCCCGCCGUCGCCGACGCCGUGCGGCGCGCUCCAUCCAGCACGAGGGCGCCCCGCACUCCAACAGCAUUCUCAUAUCCUCUGACAGCGAGCCCGAGCCGGGGGAGGACGAGAAGGACAAAUUCAUCGCGACGUCCACGGAAAGAGCCACCAAUUUACAUCGCGUCUUUGCCGAUGGCCGCAAGCCCUCGGUUGGACACGGCAUCGCCACCCCCGCUCUUCGGACCCAAUUUGUCCUCGGCUUUGAGCAACAGCAGUCACAGCAACCACAGCAGCCCCUCACGACCACGAGCAGAGCAAACGGACGGCCCAAGGUGGAAGCGGCGCAUUGUGCUGGAGGCAGAGGAAAAUGAUGAUGAUGAUGAUGAUGAUGAUGAUGAUGUCGUGUAUUUUUCAAGCGAAGAGCUGCUUUGAACCACGCAAGCAGCCGGUGCUGGAGCUUAGCCUUGGACCAGAGUCGGGCAAGCUCACGGCGGUUGCCCGCCCACCUACGCUGAUAAUUGAAGAACUCG